CCCUAAACCAGAAACAUUUGCUCAAUAGGUUAAGCAGUAUAGCUGAUUAAUCUCCUCAGCCCAAAAAUAAAAAAAUAAAAAAAAAUAGAUUCUUGAAAUCGGAGCUGUGCGUCCUCCAGUAGAAUGAGCGGUCUGGGCCCAGCAGCCUGUUGGUUGGCGCACAAGCGCAUCGAGUCCUGGUCUCGCAUGGCCAAGGAGCGGGUCGGUGCCGUGCGGCGCGUAACUCUCGACCGCAACUCUGCCGACGAGAGUAGCGGUAGUGGCAGCGGCAGCAGCGGCGCCAACAACGGUGCAACUCCUAUUGUUGCCAUUGGCGAGGUCACGGCGGACACUACAUUGCUGCCACAGCCAAUGACCCCGCCGCCGUCGGCCUCGUCCGUCACGUCGACUACCAGCGGCAUUGGCAGCGUAUCGGCAGGCAGUGUCAGCGAUAGCUGCGAUCUGCCCACGGACUCUGAGGAGGUUAACUUUGCCAAGGAACCGCAGCCUAUACAGCCGGCCCAGCAGCCGCAUGGACUUGCCAGCUUGGGCAGCUCCAGCAGCGGAGGAUCCACACACGGCAUCAAUGCCGAGGUUAUGCGUGGACCUGCCGAGGUCUUUCACAGUCCUUUGCACUUGCAUCACCAGAGUCGCUCGUUUCCGCCGCGUCUGCAACGCACGCCUUCGAUUUCUAGUCAGAGCAGCGUGGACAGCGCUCCGUCCAGGCAUUCGGGUCAUCGCGGCUCCUCACCACAAAUACGCACCUUCGGCCCCGACGGACGCAGCUCUCUACCCAGCGAGCCAGCCUUUCCACAUCACCUCGCUCGUUCGCCCAGUCCCAUGCGCACCAUUUCGUUGGAUGCCCGCUGUGGCAGCCCGGCCUCGACCGAUGUCAGCGAUUUGCGCACCCCGAGUCCCUCGCAGAGCAGCCUCGCCUCCCUGGCCGGCGGCUCGGCCUCCAGCAUGAGCAUGGUCGGGGGUGGAGUCGGUCCUUGCAAGGUUGUGGCCGGCGGUCGUUGCCUCUCACCUCUGCUAAUACCGCCGCGUCCACAGCCAGGCGUUGAUCCCACCAUGGGCCCAGCCUCGCCUCUGGGCGCUCUACAACCGGAUCUGUAUCGCAUGCCGGACGGGCCCGUCUAUUUGACAGCUCCCCAGUCUAGUCAUUCGGUGGGACGCCUGCACUUGCGAGUGAAGUACGACUACCAUCUGUUCGACUUGACGGUUCACUUGAUUGAAGCGCACAAUCUGAGUCCCAUUGAAGAGGGCGGCUUUCGAGAUCCCUAUGUACGCCUGAUGCUGUUGCCGGAGGUGGACAAUCGCAAACGGCAGACUCACAUACAUCGUGGCGAAUCGAAUCCCUACUUUGAUCAGCACUUCAAGUUUCCGGUUUCGCGCGAUCAGCUGCAAGGCAAGGAGCUGGUUCUCCAGGUACUCGACUACGAUCGCUAUUCCCACAACGACAUUAUUGGCGAGGUGCGCAUUUCCGUGGACGGCCUCGACCUGUCGAAGUCGGUGGAGAUUUGGGGCGAUCUGCUGCGCACCAAGAAGCCCAAGGAGGAUCGACCGGAGCUCUUGUGCUCACUAAACUAUUUACCACAGGCUGAACGCUUGACCGUCGUCAUCAUGAAGGCUAGAAACUUGGAAACCAUACAAGAGCCCUACGUUAAGAUAUAUCUUAUUCAAAAUGGCAAGCGCGUCAAAAAGAAGAAGACGAGCAUUACUAAAUCAGAUGAUCCCACCAAUCCCAUUUGGAACGAGGCAUUCACAUUUAAUUUGCAAUCGAAUUAUCUUCACAAUGCGGCCAUUGAGAUCUAUGUGGUCGGGGCGGGGAGCGAGGCGGCGGAGAUCGGAUGCUGCGGCCUCGGACCUCAGGAGAGUGGAACCGGCUGCCAGCAUUGGCACGAUAUGAUAAAUAAUGCACGCAAGCCGACGGCCAUGUGGCAUUAUAUUCGCUAAGCAACGCCACGCCCACCUUUGGGCGUAGGAUAAGUGCGCUAAGUGUACAAAAGCAUAAUUCCAAGUAUUUAUGUAUGUAAUCAAAAGGUUUAUCAAAUUACUAAUGGGUUUUAAUGUAAAUGGAAAUGUGUGCGCUAAACUACAGAAAUAUAUACUUGUAUACAUACAUAUAUGUAUAAUGAUUAUAAUAUAAAUAACUUGCAUAU